GCAAGAACCCUCCCAUACCCGAGAGAGGAAGAAGAGAUUAGGGUUUAAUUUGUAUUGAACGGAACCAUUCCUACGGGAUUGUUUUCAAAUUCAACAAGUAAUGAAUUAGGGCUGCCCAUUCUACAAUUUGAAUUAUCUGCAAGCUCGGGCAGGCAAUCGGUUAUCCCUAAUUAGGGUUCAGACAUUUCCAAUUCUCUCCUAUCAUCUUCGCCAACUCCAAUUCGCAGCUAUGACUGAGUAUUGGGUUAGCCAGGGCAACAAAUGGUGCGACUUCUGCAAAAUCUUCAUAUCAAACAAUCCAUCCAGCAUUAGAAAUCAUGAGCUUGGUCAACGCCACAAGGAUAAUGUUUCCAAGAGGCUUGAUUCUAUGCGAAAAGAGGGCGCUGCCAAGGAAAAGGCACAAAAAGAAGCAGUCCAUGCCAUUGAGCAAAUCGAAGCCAAAGCUAAACGUAGCUAUCAGAAGGAUAUAGCAAAGUUUCAAGAGGCCAGAGAAUCUAAUGCCCAAGCAUUAAAUGCUCAAGAUGAAGAAUGGGAGAAUGAUAGCACUUCAGGCUACUAUUACAACCAAAGCAAUGGUUUCUACUAUGACCCAAACUCAGGCUUUUACUAUUCUGAUGCAAUAGGCAAGUGGGUGACACAGGAAGAGGCAUAUGCCACGCCUCAGUUUUCCUCAAAUUCUAAACAUAGACAACCCACUUCAAAAAAGCCACCGGCAGCUUCAGUAGCAGGACCCAUUACAGAAAAUAAAGGUGCUGCUAAAGUUCAAAAUGGGCCAGCACCUGGGCCUGUUGUUUCAACUUCUUUAAACCCCAUGAGAUCUGUUAAAGGUGCUCCAUCAUCACUUGCUGUUGGGAAGAGAAAGAGGCAAGAUGGGAAGCCUAAGGCUAUAUCCGCAGAAGAAGCAGCUGCCCUUAAAGCAAGGGCGGCUGCAAAGAAGAGAGUUGAAGAUAGAGAGAAACCAUUGCUUGGUCUCUACAGGCCUCUUUGAUUUGGACGCUGAAGCUCCUCUGCUUGAUACAACGGGUACUUAAUUUGUUUGAAGAGGUCAUUUUGACAAAAGGAGGGCAUAUUCAACCCAGAUUUUUUUUUCCCUGCAAAACAUGGCCCAAAAUGUCGACUUCUGAUCCAGUUUCUGUCGUCCCAACUCUCUUAUUAAUUAAUACUGCUUUUAAUAUGGGGAAGAUGUGGUGAAUGAAGGAACCCAAUAUAAUAAUCUGUAUAAUUGGUAUGAACUGAUUGGUAGCUUUUUUCAUGAAUAUUUUCAUAGUUGUGCUGCGUCAAAUGAUGGGUUCCAGGUUGUACUCUUUGGAUGAAAAUAAGCUCAUACCAUUCGUUUUUUUUU